AUGGCUGACACCGCGGUUGAAGACGUUGUUCAAGAUGGCCAUCAAAACCUUGUUCAUCAGCGCCUACGUGCUAAUUCGUCCAUCAUGCGACUCAAGAAGAUCUUGGUUGCCAAUCGAGGCGAGAUCCCAAUUCGAAUCUUCAGAACUGCCCACGAACUCUCCCUACAAACAGUGGCCGUCUAUAGUCAUGAAGACCGUCUCGGCAUGCACCGGCAAAAAGCCGAUGAAGCUUAUGUCAUUGGCAAGCGGGGCCAAUAUACUCCGGUAGGGGCCUAUCUCGCUGGAGACGAGAUCAUCAAAAUUGCACAAGAGCAUGGCGUUCAAAUGAUUCAUCCUGGUUACGGUUUCCUCUCUGAGAACUCAGAAUUUGCACGCAAAGUCGAGGAGGCUGGACUCAUCUUCGUUGGACCUACUUAUCAAACCAUCGAAGCACUUGGCGACAAAGUCUCAGCCAGAACACUGGCCAUGAAAUGUGAAGUUCCAGUCGUACCCGGCACACCUGGACCUGUCGGGAGAUUCGAGGAAGUCAAGGCAUUUACUGACGAGUAUGGCUUCCCGAUCAUCAUCAAAGCGGCUUUUGGUGGUGGUGGACGCGGCAUGAGAGUUGUCCGAGAGCAAGAGACUCUUAGGGAUUCCUUUGAACGAGCCACUUCGGAGGCCAAAUCUGCCUUCGGCAACGGGACUGUCUUCGUGGAACGCUUUCUCGACAGGCCUAAGCAUAUUGAGGUGCAGUUGCUGGGAGAUAACCAUGGUAAUGUUGUCCAUCUGUAUGAACGUGACUGCAGUGUCCAAAGACGACAUCAGAAGGUCGUCGAGCUUGCUCCGGCCAAAGAUCUACCACGUGAGGUAAGAGAUGCUAUCUUAGCAGAUGCCGUGAAGCUCGCCAGCUCGGUCAACUAUCGGAAUGCAGGUACUGCAGAGUUUUUGGUUGACCAACAGAACCGUUACUACUUUAUCGAGAUCAAUCCUCGCAUUCAGGUAGAGCAUACCAUCACCGAAGAAAUCACCGGCAUCGAUAUUGUUGCGGCACAGAUCCAGAUCGCUGCGGGUGCAUCACUUGCGCAACUGGGUCUGACUCAGGAUCGCAUCUCCACUCGGGGGUUUGCUAUCCAAUGCCGUAUCACAACAGAGGACCCUGCUAAGGGCUUCUCACCUGAUACGGGCAAGAUAGAAGUCUACCGCUCUGCUGGUGGUAAUGGCGUUCGGUUGGAUGGUGGUAAUGGAUUUGCUGGGGCAGUUAUUACGCCGCACUACGAUUCUAUGCUGGUGAAAUGCUCAUGCCAUGGCUCAACCUACGAGAUCGUUCGGAGAAAGAUGCUUCGAGCUCUGGUCGAGUUUCGUAUUAGAGGUGUCAAGACCAAUAUCCCUUUCCUGGCUUCGCUCCUGACACAUCCUACAUUUAUCGAAGGUACUUGCUGGACAACUUUCAUUGAUGACACGCCGGAGCUCUUUGCUCUCAUUGGGAGUCAGAAUCGUGCACAGAAACUUCUUGCUUACCUUGGUGAUCUUGCUGUCAACGGGAGCAGCAUUAAAGGCCAAAUUGGCGAGCCAAAGUUCAAAGGAGACAUCAUCAUGCCUAAGCUCGUUGAUGACGAAGGAAAAGAUCUUGACAUCUCAUCUCCCUGUACCAAAGGCUGGAAACAGAUUAUUGACAAGGAAGGACCUGAAGCAUUUGCCAAAGCCGUGCGUGCCAACAAGGGCUGCCUCCUUAUGGACACGACCUGGCGAGAUGCUCACCAAUCUCUGCUUGCCACUCGAGUCCGAACGGUGGACCUGUUGAAUAUUGCCAGAGAAACAAGCUAUGCCUACAGCAAUGCAUACAGUUUGGAAUGUUGGGGGGGAGCAACCUUUGAUGUGGCCAUGCGCUUUCUAUACGAAGAUCCUUGGGAUCGUCUACGGAAGAUGCGAAAAGCUGUCCCUAAUAUUCCUUUCCAAAUGUUGCUGCGUGGAGCCAAUGGCGUUGCAUACUCAUCUCUUCCUGACAACGCCAUCUUCCAUUUCUGUGAACAGGCCAAGAAAAACGGUGUCGACAUUUUCCGAAUCUUCGACGCUCUGAACGACAUCGACCAACUCGAAGUUGGCAUGAAAGCAGUUCAUAAGGCUGGGGGUGUCGUUGAAGCCACCAUUUGCUACAGUGGCGACAUGAUGAAUCCGAAGAAGAAAUACAACCUCGAGUAUUACAUGGAUCUGGUAGAAAAAAUUGUCAAGAUCGGCACACAUUGUUUGGGCAUCAAAGAUAUGGCUGGUGUUCUGAAGCCUACGGCUGCGAAAUUGCUCGUUGGAAGUAUCAGACAGAAGUAUCCUGACUUGCCAAUCCACGUUCACACGCACGACUCAGCUGGUACCGGUGUUGCCUCGAUGGUGGCCUGCGCUCAGGCUGGGGCUGAUGCGGUUGACGCAGCGACUGACAGCAUGUCUGGCAUGACUUCCCAGCCGAGUGUUGGUGCAAUUCUCGCAUCGCUCGAAGGGACAGAGUACGAUCCCGGUCUUAACGGUCACAAUGUACGAGCUCUCGACACAUACUGGGCUCAGCUUCGACUCCUCUACUCACCGUUUGAGGCCGGCCUGACUGGUCCAGAUCCAGAGGUUUAUGAGCAUGAGAUUCCUGGUGGUCAGUUGACCAAUCUUAUCUUCCAGGCAUCCCAACUUGGAUUGGGCGCUCAAUGGGCAGAGACCAAAAAGGCUUACGAGCAGGCAAACGACCUGCUUGGCGACAUUGUCAAAGUCACGCCUACAUCGAAGGUUGUUGGCGAUCUUGCCCAAUUCAUGGUUUCUAAUAAGCUUUCGUACGAUGAUGUGAUCGAGAAGGCUGGCGAGCUUGAUUUCCCGGGUUCAGUGCUCGAAUUCUUCGAAGGGCUGAUGGGCCAACCAUACAAAGGCUUUCCAGAGCCUCUUCGCUCCAAAGCACUCCGAGAUCGAAGAAAGAUGGACAAACGACCAGGCCUUUACCUCGAGCCCAUGGAUCUCGAAAAGAUCAAGAAAGACAUCAAAGAGAAAUUCGGCUCGACCAGCGAGUGUGAUGUGGCAAGCUACGCCAUGUAUCCCAAAGUCUUCGAAGACUACCGCAAGUUCAUCAAUAAAUAUGGCGACCUGUCGGUCCUCCCGACCAAGUACUUCCUCUCAAGACCUGAAAUCGGCGAAGAAUUCCACGUGGAGCUGGAGAAGGGUAAGGUGCUAAUUUUGAAGCUUCUUGCGAUUGGGCCACUUUCCGAUCAGACUGGCCAACGAGAGGUGUUCUACGAGGUGAACGGUGAAGUCAGGCAGGUCUCUGUCGACGACAACAAGGCUUCAGUGGAGAACACCAGCCGACCCAAGGCCGAUGCUGGUGACAGCAGCCAAAUCGGUGCUCCUAUGAGCGGUGUUGUAGUGGAAGUGAGAGUCCACCAGGGCACGGAAGUCAAGAAGGGCGAUCCCGUGGCUGUAUUGAGCGCAAUGAAGAUGGAAAUGGUCAUUAGCGCUCCGCAUUCCGGCAAAGUCGAUGACUUGAAGGUCAAAGAGGGAGAUUCGGUUGAUGGCUCAGACCUCGUUUGCAGGAUUGUCAAGGCCUCGUAG